AUGUGGCGGUUGCGCUGGCAGACGUUAGGCCUCACGGCUGUGAGCGUCGGCCUGGCUCUGGAGACGCUGGGCUUCCUGGUCGGCUGGCUGAGGCAGCAACGGCGCCGGCGACAUCGGAGCCCGCGGCGGGAGGUGCUAUUCUUCCCCUCGCAGGUGACCUGCACCGAGGCCCUGCUGCAGGCCCAGCGGCAGGGAGGCCCUCCCGGGGCGGGAGCGGCGGCGGCGCCCGCGGUCUCGGGGCCUGAGGUGCGGAGGUCGCCCGGCGCGGCCGCGGGGGCGGCGGGCUCGGGCGCGGCCACGGCCACAACGGCCCCGGCCGCGGCCGCGGCGGCGGGGGCGGCGGCGGCCUCGAGCUGCCUGUGCCCGCUCCCGCACGGGGAGAGCUCCCUGAGCCGCCUCCUGCAGUACGUGCUGUCGGCCCGCAGCAGCCUCGAGCUCUGCCUGUUCGCCUUCUCCAACCCCCAGCUGGGCCGCGCCGUGCACCUGCUGCACCAGCAGGGCGUGCGCAUCCGCGUGGUCACCGACUGCGACUACAUGGCCCUCAACGGCUCCCAGAUCGGGCGCCUCCGCAAGGCAGGUAUCCAGGUACGUCAUGAUCAAGGUGCUGGCUACAUGCAUCAUAAAUUUGCUAUUGUAGAUAAGAAGAUGCUUAUUACUGGCUCUCUCAACUGGACCACACAAGCCAUUCAGAACAAUAGAGAAAAUGUUUUGAUUGUGGAGGACGAAGAAUAUGUGAGACUUUUCUUGGAAGAAUUUGAACGUAUUUGGGAGGAGUUCAACCCCGUAAACUAUACUUUUUUCCCUCAGAGAAAGUGAAGCAAAGCCCUCCUCUAAUGUUUUCCUUAGGGUUAUAGGUAAAACAGCUUACAGUGGGGUCCUUUGGACGAUUUGAAAAUGGACCUCUUAUGCUGAAUCCCAUGCUGUAGUGAGUUGUAUUGUGGCAAGGUUUCAUCUAACAUAUUCAUUGCUGUUCUGCAGUAAGAAAAACUUUAAUAGCAUUAAUUUUUGGAAA